CGCUACGUCAUCACGUCGGCCGAAGACGCGUCAUCGCGGUCUCCGCCCUCCUCGGAGAAAGCGCACAUUCCUAUUGUCCAAGAUGGCGGCGUAGCUGCAGACCCUCCGAGGCUGACAUGUUUCUAACCGAGUUUAUGCUUUUAUUCCGACGUAUAUGCAAACACCCAACGGUCGGCCCGGUAGCGUUUCUUUACCGGAGCCCUCAGCUGCCUCGUCGGUGUCGCUAAAGCUCCCGCAACACGUCGCCGAGGUCGCAUUCCCGUCGCGGGCGCCGAAAAGUUUAAGCUCCAUCAUCCCGUGAAGAUGAAGAGGCAGGCCGGGAGGGAGACGAGUCCGCCCAGGGCUGCCGCCAAACGGACGCGGGACCGGGAGAGCUCCCGGAGGGAGGAGCUGCCGCCUCCUCCGCCGCCGCCCCCGCCGCCGCUGGCUCUGCUGCUGGCGGAGAGCCGCGGCUACCACCGCAGGAGCCGGAGCCGGGAGCGCGACAAGCCGCGGCUGCGGGAGGAGCGCGCCGCCGCGCUGGAGCUCCACCACCGGCACGAGCUCAGCCUCCUCGGGCGUCCGCCGCUGCGCACCACCGCCUCCACCACCUCCUCCUCCUCCUCCGCGGAGCAGCAGCCGCCGCCCGCCGCCAGGCCCGGCACGCUGGAGUACAAGACGCUGCUCAUCAGCAACCUGGGCUCGCAGGUGUCCGACGAGGACGUGGAGGACGCGCUGUUCCACGAGUUCAAGAAGUUCGGUGACGUCAGCGUGAAGCUGUCGCACACGCCGGAGCUGGGCCGCAUCGCCUACGUCAACUUCCGGCACCCGGAGGACGCCAAGGAGGCGCGGCACGCCAAGUCCUCCCGCCUGGUGCUGGGCGACCGGCAGCUGAAGAUCGAGCCCAUGUACGUGCGGAGGCGCAGCGUGACGCCGCCGGACGCCGGCUACCUGCCGCUGCACGCGCCGCUGCACGCGGCGUACCCGUACCGGCAGCGCUCGCUCUCCCCCCCCGCGGGGACGGGCGGCCUCCGGGACAUCCGGGCGCGCCACUACGCUCUGGAGACGCUGGGGCUCAGCAGGGAGAGGGAGCGGAUUCUGGACUACUACGGGAUGCUGGACGAGCGGGGGCGGCCCUACGGGUUCCCCCCCAUGCCGGUAGUGGAGGACCUGAAGCCCGAGGACGACCAGCGGGCCACCAGCAACCUCUUCAUCGGCAACCUGGACGGCAACGUGGCCGAGGCCGAGCUGAGGAGGGGCUUCGACAAGUACGGCGUCAUCGAGGACGUGGUGAUCAAACGGCCGGCCCGGGGUCAGGGGGGCGCGUACGCCUUCGUCAAGUUUCAGAACCUGGACAUGGCCCACCGGGCCAAAGUGGCCAUGCAGGGCCGGCUGAUGGGGGGCAACCCGAUAAAGAUCGGCUACGGGAAGGCCAACCCCACCACGCGGCUCUGGGUCGGCGGCCUCGGGCCCGGGAACUCCCUCGCCGCCCUGGCCCGGGAGUUCGACCGCUUCGGGAGCAUCAGGAACAUCGACUACGUGAAGGGGGACAGUUUCGCUUACAUUCAGUACGAGAGCCUAGACGCCUCCCAGGCCGCCUGCACGCAGAUGAGGGGGUUCCCCCUGGGGGGCCCCGAACGGCGCCUGAGGGUGGACUUUGCCAAAGUGGAGGAGAGCCCCUCUCGGGUGUUCCCCACCGGCUACCAGCCCCCCGUGGUGGCCCCCUCCCACUACGACCUCAUCGGAGAGGCCUACAGCCGCCACCGCAGCCUGGAGCGAGAGCUGCGGGGCGCCAGGGACCGCUCCACCCCCCCGCCGCCCUUGGCCCCCCACGCUCUCAUCAUCCCGCGGGAGAGGGAGCGGGCGCUGCUGGAGAGGGAGUACACCGCCAGCCCCACCCGCAGCCUGGAGAGGAGGGCCGGGGCCGUGGAGGCCUUUGGGCGGAGCGGGCGGGCGGCGCGGAGCCGCAGCCGUAGCCGGGAACGCUGGCUGAAGGAGCGCGAGGAGAGGCGGAGCCGGAAGAGGAGCAGGAGCGCCUCCACCGACCGGCUGACGGAGGAGAGGGAGAGAGAGAGGGGGAAGGAGCGGGGGAGGUCGAGGGUUCGAGCGCAGGCAGGCGCCGUCACACCCGAGGCCAGCCCGGACCGGGCGAGGGUCCGCGCCCCCGAUUCCACCACCGAGCCCAGGGACCACUCGCCCGCCGCCACCAACGAAGAAGACCCGCUGCCCGGCCGCCACCACAGCAAAAGGUCUAGCGAGCACCUCAACAACCAUCACCACAGAAACAGCGACAACGCCGCGUCUUCCCCCGCCGCCGCCGCCGCCACCACCCCCGCCGCCCACGCGGACGCAGGCUCCUCCCCCCCCAGCACGCUCUCAGAGUUCGCCCAGGCCUCCCUGGUCAAGUCGUGGCACGGCUUCUUCGCCCUGAAGAACAGCAGCUUCCCCACCACGCUGUACCUGCUGGAGGGCGGCCCCGCCUUCUUCGGCGCCGUGAUGCGCGACACUCUGAAGCCGCCGGGUCAGAACCGGCUGAAGAUCGCCCAGCGGCUCCGUAUGGACCAGACGCGGCUCGACGAGGUGUCGCGCCGCGUCAAGCUGGGCCGACCCGACGGCUACGCCGUGCUGCUCGCCCUGCAGGGGCCCGUCGACCGGCAGGGGGCCGCCCCCCCCGCGGAGCCGGGCCUGCAGGCCCGCCUGCUCCGCCACCUGGUGACCUACCUGCGCAACAAGGAGGCUGCCGGCGUGGUCAGCCUGCCGGGCGCCAAGGAAGGCGGGCCCGGCGCCAUGCUGUACGCCUUCCCCCCCGGGGCCUUCUCGCAGCAGUACCUGCAGGCCGCCAAGAGGAUUGUGGGUAAUCUGGACGAGGAGCACAUGGUCAUCGUCAUCGUCAAUGAUACUAACUGAGGCUUUGGGUUUUAGAAGCAUGGCUGGUGCUUUUAUUCAGAAACACGACACUACGUCUACAUUUUGUUACUUUGUAUCCGGACUCGUUUUAAAAGACACUUAAAGGAUGUUAACGCUUUUAUACUCGUACAACACUAAACCUUUUAAAUGCUUGUUGACUUUAUGUUUCCGUUCUGUGUAUCUGAUUUAUAUUGAUGUGUGUGUGUGUGUGUGUGUAUCUAUGACACACACACACACACAUUGAGGUUUUUAUACACCGUGAUUGUACUAUGAACUGUGCUCUGGAGGCAAAAAAGAAACCUAAAGACUGAAAAGGUGAAAUUCCCCACGACUGUACAUCACAGAGCCAGCUGUGUUUUUAUUUUCCAUCAAAUGAACCAUUCCAGAUGUUUCUAUCUGAAAGGUGUGUGUGUGUGUGUGUGUGUGUGUGUGUGUGUGUGUGUGUGUGUGUGUGUGUGUGUGACUCCAUCCACUAAAACAUUAUUUUGACAGAACAGACGCUGAUGUUGGCGCCUCCCUCGGUUUCUAAGUCCUACUGUGAUUCUGUUUAAAGGCUUCAGAUUCGCUGCUAAAUGUUCUAGUUAAAGAUCUCGUGGUUUUAAAGUGGAUGAAAAUAUUCCAAAUACAGAGUUCACUUGUCAUUUUUUUUUAUUUGUCUAAAACGAGUUGUCUUUUCGGUUAAAUGGCUGUUUUUGUGGAUGGAGUCUGGUGUCUGACGAGUCGUCUCCUCCGGUCCUGAGAACCUCACACGGUCCCUUUUAAACCUGAGGAGCCCCUUGAUGACCUCUACAGAUGUUCCGACUGGCCUCCCUCAUUCCCCCAAACGUCUCUCAGAGAGAAAGGGAGGUUUUAACUUUUGGUUCAUACUUUAAUUACAACGACACUCCCAUCUGGAUGAGAAUGAACGCUUAGAAUAAACAGCUGGAAAAGCUCCGUGCUUCUUGAACUAAAUGAGAAUGUUUAGUGUGGAAGAUGAUGUGAUGUUUACUACAUUUGUUUUAGUUUUUUACAAAAGCCAGAUUGGUUCUGUUGGUUCUUUAGUUUUUUUUCUUUUUAAUCCAACUGGACCAGAACAAAACUUUUCAGUGAUGAGAAAAAUAAAGAAGAAUUGGACUGAAGUUAAAUGUUUUUUUAAAUGCUUUUACUGGUUGCAACUGUUAUUAUUGCAGAUAUACAUUUCUCUUUAUUGGUUAUUCAUUCUAAAUAUUUUUGUUUACAUAAUAAAUGUGAUGGAGUAAA